CUCGUUUCUAUGCUAAUGGGUCGCACAGCCACGUGCCUCAUCGGCGCCCGGAUUCUGUCCUGCACAGCUGCAACCGUCGCAUCAUCUCGCAUCCUGCUCCGCUCUUCCAACACAAUCAUGCUAUUCUUCUCCAAGACUUUUGACCCUGCGCGCGAUCUGCCUGACCUCAAAGGCAGAGUGAUCAUCGUCACCGGAGGAAACGGCGGGAUCGGAUACGCGACCAUCCAGCACCUCGCGCGGCAUGGUGCGAAGGUGUAUAUGGCAACGCGGAGCGAGGACAAGGGGGGUGCGGCGAUUGCGCGUCUGACGAAGGAGGGGCUCGCGCCCGGCAAUGGUGAAGUGCAUUGGCUCAAGCUGGACUUGAGCGAUCCGCGCCUCGCCAAGGCUUCUGCAGAAGAGUUCAUGCGAAAGCAAGAGAGACUGGACGUACUGAUCAAUAACGCUGCUAUGCCGCGUAGUCCAUACACGAAGACACAUGAUGGUAUACAGGACAUCAUGAUGGUGAACCAUCUCAGCCCAUUCGUCUUCACCAUUACACUUCUCCCUUUGCUUACCAAGACAGCAAGCGACCCACAAACCGACGUGCGCAUUGUCAACGUCUCCUCAAAUGCGAUGAGAUUCCUACGACGCGGAGUCCGCUUCCGCAACGCAGAUGACUUCAAUGACGAGCACAACGGCGAGCUAUCGCCCGACAUGGCUAGAUAUGCGCGAAGCAAGCUGGCAACCGUGCUCUUCACUACGCAGCUUCAGAAGCGCCUAGAUACCCUGGGCUUGCCUAUCAUCACGAUGGCGCUCCACCCCGGGCUCGUCCGUACAGAAGGGGUGCAGAACGAUCUCGCGCGCCAGCCGCCCGUAAUCUCACACAUCGCCUCUGCGGUGGUCUAUAUGUCCUGGGCGACUCCGUCGCGUGGCGCAUACACCUCUGUCUUUGCUGCGGUGUCGCCGCUUGUGCGUGAGCAGGAACAGCUGUACAAGGGCGCAUACCUGCAGCCUCCUGGGCGGCUCUCUGCGCCUCCGAAUGAAGAUGCAAGGAAGCCAGAGCUGGCGGAGGAGCUGUGGAAUACCACAGAAGAGAUCUUGAGGAACAAUGGGCUGGACGUGGGAAGUGAGGGUGCUCAGGCAUAAAGUCUCGAAUCUGGUAGUAGUUAGCACGUCCUGGUCUGAUUAUAUGACGAUCAAACUUUUCAGACAGACG